CCGCCAUCGGGUUUGCCCCCGCCUCGCCCCGCCAGCCAUGCUGCCCUUGCGGGCGCUGCGCCGGCCCGUGGCCGCCUCCUUCGCCCGUCUUGUACGCGACGGGGCCCGGGACCGACCGCAGGUGUCUGCCUCCUUUGCUACAGGGCCCAGACAGGACAAUGGUAUUUUCUACGAAAUCCGCACCUAUGAGGUCAAGCCAUCGAGAAUGAAGGAGUUUGUGGAGCUGGUCAAUCAGCACAUUCACCUUCGCAUGGCCCAUUCGGAGCUGGUGGGCUUCUGGACCACGGAGCUGGGUGCAAUGAACAAGGCCAUCCAUAUCUGGAAGUAUGAUAAUUUUGCCCACAGAACAGCAGUACGGACUGCACUGGCCAAUGACAAAGAUUGGCAGGGAAAGUUCAUUUCUCCAGCUCUCACCUGUAUAGAAAAACAACAUAAUGAAGUUGCUUAUCUGGUACCCUGGUGUCAACUUGGGAAGCCUCCAAAAGAAGGCGGAGUGUAUGAAUGGGUUACUUUUCAGAUGAAACCUGGUGGGCCAGCUCUCUGGGGUGAAGCAUUUCGAGCUGCAAUCAGCACUCACAUCAACACAGGCUACACUAAGCUCAUCGGUGUUUUCCACACGGARUAUGGGUUACUUAAUACAGUCCAUGUGAUUUGGUGGAAUGAGAAUGCAGACAACCGGGCAUCAGGAAGACACAAGGCCCAUGARGAUGCCAGAGUAGUAGCAGCUGUACGGGAAAGCGUCCGAUUCCUGGAGUCCCAGCAAAAUAUGCUGCUCGUUCCUCUGCCCUUUUCGCCACUCAAGUAGCCUUCUACUAAAUGAUACAGCCAAUGGUAGGAAAGAUASGAGACACAAGGGUGAUCAGCAAGUGCCAUCACAUGGACCUCAGUACCUUUAUGAACAGAACCAGUUGGUCUUCAGUUUARUAGGUGUGAGUGCAAAGCAGAUCUCUGGCAAUGUAAAUUAGUAAAAUGUGAAAUAGAAGAGUUUAUUGUAAUAACCCUAGAUCCCCCAAUAGGAAUUCAAGACAUAACAGUUAUAACAUGAAAUUCACUCUAWCUUUAUUUUUAGCCCCAAUUUCUUAUUUUUUUCUUAUUUUUGUUUGCAGCAAAUCAGUAAUCAKACCAAUAACGUAACUGGCUCUUUUCCAAAGUCACAACUGUGCAAUACUAYUUUCAUACUGUAUCUUGGUUACUUUUGUAAUUGUUGCAUCUUGGUUGUUAUGUACUGGCCCAAAAAGGAUGCUCCUACUUGUUGUCUCCAAARUAUUGUGUUUUGACCAUUUCAGUGGGAUGUUUUGUAGUAAUUUUUAAUAGUGUUAAAUUUUGAUGCAAUUGGAGUUAUGUCCAAGAGAUCAUGCAGUAAAUCUGGUCAAGUGGUGUUCUGAUGAAUGUUUAUCUACUCACUAAUUUCACAUCAUUUCAGGUCUUUCAUUUUGUAUUCAGUAAAUGAUUUUCUCAAAACUGUCAAUUACAGCAUAAUACUUCAAUUUAGCUAUUUUAGUAUGUUUMAUGUGCUAAAAACGAUUGGACCUUCACGUUCAGAUGUGUAUCAAAAGCCCAGCUGCUCUGCAGAUGCUUACAGUUUUUGAAAUACUUUUUGCCAGACUGCUAAAAGCCAAUUAAAUUUGUGUAAUGCACAAA